AUGCGCCCCCAAUCUCGCAACGAAUUCGAAAUAGCGAUCAUUUGUGCCUUGCCUCUGGAGUUCGAUGCUGUUGAGGCUUUAUUUGACGAGCACUAUGAUGAGUUUGACCAUACGUAUGGCAAACAACGAGGAGAUGGGAACUGGUACAGGACGGGAAGAAUCGGUCGACACAGUAUAGUCCUUGCUUGCUUGCCAGGAAUGGGAAAAGGAAGUGCUGCCAGUGCUGCCUCAAGCCUACGAGUCAGCUUUAUCGGAAUCAACCUUGCACUGGUGGUCGGAAUCUGCGGGGGGGUACCGUUUCCAUCGGAAAAUAUCGAGAUAAUUCUGGGGGAUGUUAUUAUCAGUGACAGUGUCAUUGAAUAUGAUUUCGGCAGGCAAUACCCAGAUGGAUUCCAGCGGAAGAGUGGCAUCAAGGAGACUCUUGGCCGACCAAACCGAGAUAUCAGAACUUUUCUCUCUGGUCUGAAGACUCGCAGGAUGCACAAUCAACUUCAAGAAGAGCUUUUGAAAUGCCUCCAGGAUCUUCAGAAGCAUCUGGAUGGCAAAUGGCGAUAUCCAGGCGCCACACAGGAUCGAUUGUUUGAAGCGUCUUAUCGCCAUAAGCACUACCAUCAAGUUCCAGUUGCUGCAUGCAUUUGUGCUGACUGCCAGUCCAGUCGUGACCCUGUUUGUGAUGAGGCAUUGGAAAAUGAUUGCAGCAAGCUUAGAUGCAUGGGAGGGCUGAUACAACGAAGCCGGUUGAGUGCAGAUAGCCCAAACCCACUUGUCCACUUUGGCUCCAUUGCAUCAGCUGACACGGUGAUGAAAUCUGGCGAACACCGCGAUGCACUGGCUAAAACGGAGAAGGUUAUUGGAUUUGAGAUGGAAGGGGCUGGGGUUUGGGACAACUUGCCUUGCGUCAUCAUCAAAGGCGUGUGUGACUAUGCGGACAGCCAUAAGAAUAAGAUAUGGCAGGACUAUGCAGCUGCAACUGCUGCAUCUUGUGCCAAAGCAUUUCUAGAGUUUUGGCCAGCAACCACUCAGGACCUUAAGAAUCCAGUGUACUGGUUGGUUCCAUUUCAGCGCAAUGAACACUUCGUCGGUCGCGAAUCACAACUUGCUCAGCUAGAAGAGGGCCUAUUUGUCGAUGGGCGCUUUUCAAAGAUGGCUCUCUUUGCACUUGGUGGAAUGGGCAAAACUUCAAUCGCACUUGAGCUUGCAUAUCGGGUCAGAGACAAGUAUCCGACAUGCUCUAUCUUUUGGGUGACUUCUACUAGUCCAGAGAGCUUUGAGCGAUCAUACCAAAAGAUUGGACAAAGGUUGGCACUGCCAGGUAUGGAGGACAAAAACACAGAUGUCAAGAAGUUGGUCAUGGAUCACCUAAAUGAUCAAAAUGCUGGUCAAUGGUUUAUGAUUUUCGAUAAUGCCGACAAUAUCGAUGCCUGGUUUAAGAAAUCAGAGACUGGUUGUUCUCAUCGCCUGGCAGACUACGUACCAAGUAGCAGCCGCGGUUGUGCGCUUUUAACAACACGGAAUCAACAGAUUGCAAGGAAGUUCGCUCAUCAUUCAGUUAUUGAGGUAGUCAAGAUGGACAUUGACACAUCCAUGCAUUUGUUGCGGAAAACACUUGGUCAGGAAGAGAUCCUUGGUGACAACAAGAGCACAGAGCAGCUUCUAGAGCAAUUAUGCUUUAUCCCUCUUGCCAUCGUACAAGCUGGCGCAUACAUGAACAUGAACUACAUUACCAUAGUUGACUAUCUGUCACUUUUGAACGAUACCGAGGAAAGCCUUGUGGAGACACUUUCAGAAGACUUUGAAGACGACUGGAGAUACCAAGAUCAGAAGAAUCCUGUUGUGACAACUUGGAUAGUGUCAUUUGAACAGAUCCUAACGCAGAACCCUUUGGCCGCAGAUUAUCUCUCUCUUAUAUCGUGCACUGAACCAAAGGCUAUUCCUCAAGCAUUUCUCCCUCCUGCUCCGUCGACCAAACAGCGGCUUGAAGCUAUUGCGUGUCUGAUUUCUUACUCUUUUCUCUCCCGGCGAGAGGACAAUAGCUUUGAUAUGCACCGACUGGUUCACAUAGCAACGCGAAAUUGGUUGAAAAAAACGCAGAACUUCAAGAGAUACUACAAGAAAGUUAUUUCCCGAUUCGCAGAAAUAUUUCCAACCCCAGAAUAUGAAAAUCGAGAUAUCUGGAGAACUUACUUCCCGCAUGUCAAAUUCACACUUUCACUCAAUCGGGUGCAGAUUGCAAUUGAUCAUAGGCUUCUUACUAGAUAUGGCGGGUGUCUAUUACGUGAUGGAAGGUAUUUUGAGGCAGAAUUGCCCCUUACUGAGGCAGCAGAAGCUACCAAGCAAAUGCUUGGAGUGGAGCAUCCGGAGACAUUGACCAGCAUGGGGAAUCUGGCAUCCACAUACCGGAAUCAAGGGCGAUGGAACGAGGCCGAAGAAC